AACAGCAUGCAUUUAAAGAACACCAUUACUCAACUCCUACUCGUCCUCUCCCUCGCAUCUCUCUCCAUCUGCCAUAUCAUCAGACGAGAUGCCAUCGAGGAUACAUCCGUUGCCAUAGUGACGGGGGAACCAAGUCCCAACGAGCUGGCGCCCCUCGAAGACCACCCGAACGACUUGACGGAAGACUAUCUUGAGGAACAAGAAGAGUUGACAAAUGAGUUGGGAUAUUUUCAACAACAGGGAGAAUCUGAAGAGACACACGAUGUCAGCAGCGAGGAAGAUGACGAGGUAGAAACGUCAUUGACGUCACAUGGUGACGUAACAUAUCAUGACGUCACAACGACACGUCACACCAUUCCAGGAACUGUGGAGAUAGAGACAUCUUCAAGUAAUGAGACAGCCCAAGCACAAACUGCCAUCACAGAACAACCACAAAUAGACGUCUUGCCGAGCACUAACGCAACAUCAACAACACGCCAAACCAUUCCAGGCACUGUGCAGAUCGAAACAUCUACAAGUUAUGAGACCACUCAAGCGCCCAUGGGGGAUGUCUUGCCCAGAGCAAUAUCAACAUCACCACAUGGCUCGAGCACAUCUGCCCCGAAUGACGAAGAGUUUUCCCUCCACAGCGAACCUUGUUACGAGCCCCCAGCCCAACGGCUGCAUCUCAGCUUCAAACAGAACAAUCAGAACGUGAAAUUCCCCGCCCUAGCCAUCCUCAAGAAAGAGAAUUUUGACGAAGAGAGCAACCAAACAGGGGACGAUGAGUCGACUGGGGAACCUCAAGGCCAAAGGGACUAUGUUAACAUGACGUGCCCCACGGAGUUGCUGCACGUUUCUAACCAUGAUGACGUCAGCAUGAGGAGUCUAUGUCCAUGGACUUAUGUUGCGGAUGUAGAUCCUAACCGUUACCCAAGUAGGAUCAUGUUCGCUGUAUGCCGCUGCCCAGAGUGCAUUCGAACCGGUAGUGGCGAAAAUGGCGAGUUCUCCGUGGACAACACAUGCCGCCCAGUUUACUUCCGUAUGAAGGUGCUAAUGAAGGGUAACUGCGUCAAUGGACUUUAUGUGUACAACACAGAAUACCAAAGAAUCCCAGUUGCCUGCGCAUGCGUACGACCCAAGAUCUAAGCAACCAACCGCCAAUCGCAACAAGGUAAAAUUUUCUUGAAGGCAAUGCCGUUGAUUUCACCAAAUUCUUUCUAACUUAGGAUUUAUCAUAAGGACUUAGGACGAGUUCAGUUCUGUAUCCGAAAACGUUAGGACGCAUUGACCUCAUCCUAAGUUAGGACGAGUUACUUGUUGUCCUAACCUACCUCCAUGUCCUAACUUACUCGAGACAAAAUUAAUCCCAGGGUUUCGUGAAAUCGGCUGCUGGGCACGUUUUGUACAACAAAUGUUUUUUCUUUCAUCUUCUUGCAACUUCGAUGACCUAUUGAUUCAAGGCUGGUUACUUUUUGUAAAUUGUCAAAGAAUCAGAGUGUAUCACAUUGCUAUAGAAUAAAAUAGAAUAGAAUAACAAACUUUGGGCUCAGUUGGUCAACGAGGUUGCAAGAGGAAUAUUGAAAUUACCAUGCCUAUAUAAAAGUUCAAAAAGCUACUAAGUUAACUCAACGCAGGCUUUUAAAACAAAUUUUCUUUUCAUAUUUAUUUUGUUAUAUAUAUUUUUAUUAUGAGAGUACUUAGUUUCUUGCUGUGCAAGUAAGAAAGCCAAUGGUUAACACAGUAAAUAGAUGGAAUACAAGUAAACUAUGCCUGGUGCAUUGCAAUAAUUUGUCAGAAGAUAUAUAUUCUUAUAAAGUAUUCAAUUGAUUCUAUGCGAUGAAUGAAAGUUAGUUACACAUUGGAAAAGACGCGGAGGGGAAAUACUUUAGCGAGGUCUGUAUUGGGGUAAUAAGUUUCUUGCAGAGCAACAAAACACCCGAAAUUACCGAAAAUAAGAGGCAACAGAAGCGACAGCACAACAAACAACAAACAUGAUCUAUGCCUGGUGUAUUUCAAAAAGAUCUCAUGAGAAUUGAAUUAUUGCUGAUGUGCAAUGAAGGAACAAACUUAUGAACGAGGGGGAUAUGAACAAAUAAAUACUGUCAUACCUGGUGCAAUGUAAUCAUUAUGAAAGUUUCAAAUCAAAGUAUUUAAUUGAUUGUUGUGUGAUGAAAACAAAUCUGUUUUCAUUUUUUGAAAUAUUGAAUUCCUAUUCCUAAAUAGAGUGUUCCAUAAAUUGUGAUAUUCUUAAGAUAUUCUCACAACAAAACUCAGAAAAUUUCAAUAAUUAGAUUUGUGUUCAUUUUGAUGUUUGCUUUCUGAUCUGAUCAGAUUUAAUUCAUUCUGUUGAUCGGAACUUAGUUAAAUUCAGGGAAAAUUGCACAAACCGCUUAACAAAAAAUACAUAAUAACUACCGAUUGUCAUUUACUACUCACGCUGAAACGUCAGAAUUCUUGUUACUAAUUUAUACCUUAUUUAUGUAAUUUUAACUUAUAUUUCAAUCUUGUAGUUAAAUUUAAUGUUGAUGAAACAAACUGUUUGAGAGUUCCAGAUUGCAGAGCGAUCUCCGUUAAAAACGUUCAUAAAAAUUAAUGUGUUGUAAAUAAUGUCGAGUAGUAUUUAUAAUCUUUAGAAAGAGAAAAACGGAUUAUGUGGAUCAUAACACGUUAUUUGUAUACAAACACAGGCAAUUUUGUUCUGCCUUUUUGAAAAUGAAGAACCCGUUGCCUAGUUGGUGACUUUCGAGUAUGUCUGUUUUAAGACAUUUUUGUACUAUCUCUAAUACUAGUUGCUUAUUGUUGUUAUAAAAAAUAUUGUUAGUAUUUUCAUUUUAACUGGAUACACAUUUCGUAUACUUAUAAAAAAUAGCAAUGACCCCUUUGCAUUAUGACGCCACAUGGUCAAACACAACCUGGGGUGUGUUUUCGUGGUCGUUACCAGUAAUUUCUUUGGUUGAAUUGGCCAUUCAUGGUUAAUCACUGGCCAUUGAGAGAAAAGGUUAUUUGCUCCGUAUUCGAAAACGCACCCAUGAGGUCGAAGGAAGCCCUAUCAUUGGUUGAGAGUUGUGUGACGCGUUGCGUUCGUUUCUAUUGUUUGACCUUUAGCGAUAGUGGCUGAUGCAAUAAGGGUUGUGAUAUAACAUCGGUAGUGGUUUUAACUAUAAUGCACAUUUCAAAUGUGAAAUAUUUGUCUACUGUUAAAAGAGAAUGGUGCGAGAUUAUACUCGCUAAUAGUUUAUUGAGUCCAUGUCUUAUGGACAUUGGCUUUCAGUCCAUGGCUUUCAGUAUGUUCAAGUAAUUCAAACCCCUUGUUGAUAUUAUUCAGAAAAAGUAUUUUAUAGAAAGUUUUCAGGAAGAAAAAUACAAAUUAUUUGUCAUGUCUUUGUAAAAUGUUUAAGUUAACCCCGUUUAGAAAUUCAUUAUUAUUGUGUAACUAUCAGUAGUCCGCGCUUGCGCAGACUGGGCCCCUGUCUUUAUCCGCAUGGAUCGCCUCGAAGUGUGACGACAGCUGUUCAGGCUUACACUAGGUCUCUCUAGACCAAUUGCAUAACGUACAUUGUGACGUCAUUUGGAAGUGGUCUAUCAUGGGUGCGUUCGUUUAGCUUCCCUGGGUCGACCCCGGUGU